AUGGCAUCCCGAGACGUAGGCAUUAAGAUUGAUUUUGCCCCAGGCUGGGUAAUCGAGGCCAGGAAUACUAUUUACGGCUUACGUCAACCAAGCGAAUAUCAUUUUCUCCUGUCCUUGCAACCUGCCGAGAGGAACGAUUUCAAGCUGUUCGCCACUGGGUGGAAGCUGCAGGCCCAUAACGAAAAACGUCCCAUUCCCGAACCAGAUGAGGUCAUUGAAGCCUGGUGUACCCAUGACGCCUUCGACCGGGAGAAAUGGCUCCUCUUGGCCGAGCAACAGCCUGACUUGAGACUCAUCCCUUGGAAUUUUCAUCUGCAGCGUGGUGUAUUGUCGAUGUUUCAAAGAACUCUGAGUCAUAGACAAAAGCUGCGAUUUGCACUGUUCGCCACUGGCGUCAAGGUGGCCAGCAUGGAGCCGGUUACAGAGGAGCAAUUCCAGGCCAUUAUCGAUGCUUGGCGUGCUUGGCCAUCAGAAUAUCAAGCUCGAAUGAUUGGCCUUGGAACGAGGCUGAUGGAAAUUUACCACCAGCGACCUCAUCCUCGUAGGCCUAUUUUCCAAGAUCACUUGUAUACCCAUGGAUCUGCCCGAGGGCCAACAAUUAACGAUAUAAGCGAGGUGAAUGACAACAACGAACGCUUUGAGGAAGGGGAACGGUGGGUGUUUGAGAAGACGAUCUAUCAAAACCCGCAUCGCCCUGUUCCGGGUGGGCACUCUCAGCGAAUCGUACAUGUAUUCGCAAGGGUGUCAACAGCCGGUGCUAUCCUUGAGCGCCGAAUUGUGAAGAUAUUGGGUGGCGCGGAUAUGGCCCAAAUCAACCGAGAUAUCGAUGAAGAGUACCGACAUCAUGCACGCCUGACGAACAGAGGAUGUGCAAACAUUUUGGAUCUCCAUGGCUACUCGUAUCGCAGCCGACCUAUCCCGCCACAACUAGGUUAUUUGUAUAUGGAAUAUGCACCUUAUGGCGACCUCAGCGAUCUUCUUAAAGCACUAAAUGGCUAUGAUGACACCGCACAACUCCCCGAGCCAUUUCUAUGGCUUGUAUUUCGUGGACUUGCCGAGGCCCUCCUACUCAUGCAGACCGGGCGAACAAUACUCCCGACACAACCCUCUCGUCCGAUCAACCCAAUUUUGCCGCUAGAAGGCUGGAAUCCAAUCGUGAACCCAGACAUCAAGCCGAGGAACGUCGUCCUGGGCAAGCCACGUCCUGAUUAUUACCCGGGAUAUAAGUGCGCGAAAAUGAUAGAUUUCGGGAUAUGCUGGGACGAUGAAAGGUCCAGUUUAUCGGGGAACAAACGGGGUUUUGGUACCAGAGGCUAUCAACCUCCUGUAAGACAAGUUGCGCUUAGCAUUGGCAAGACUAACACGGCGCAGGAACAAACCAUGAACCCCCCUUCUGGAUAUCGUGAUUAUCCAAUUAACAUCUCCUCGGAAAUUUUCAAUGUGGGGCUGAUCAUAUUUAGCUUGAUGGAGGGACGCGAGAGAACUGUGGACAGGUUCAAGGAUAAGAUACAGCACGAUCAACGGUCGUAUACAUGCUCUUAUAGUUAUUCCCUAGAACGUCUCGUCUCGCAGUGCUUAUACUUCAAACCUCCAUUGAGACCGAUACUAGAGGAGCUUCUAUAUGAGACCAGAGUAGGGCUUGAAAGAUGGGAACGGGCCUAUGGAUCUGCCAAUAAGCCCGAGGCUGAACUGCCCAGUUUUGCAGCCUUGCCUAUCCAAUAUAGUGAUCCAUUUCCGAUAGGAGGGAAAGCACCAGAGGAAUGGUUAGGAAUAAACCCCAGAAAGAGACGCAUCGGCCAAGAAAACGAGGAUGUUCGGGAAUUUGAAGCAGCAAAAAAGAGGAAGACAAUCGAUGGACAAAGAGCACCACCACCGCCGCCAGUACGCAGCGAGAGUUUACCAACAGUGAGAGAUGGGUCAGAAAAGCCAACAGCGCAUGUCGAUCAUGCCCCGGUUAAGGGUGCACGAGUAACUCUCAAUGAAGCAACAAAGGAAAACCUAAAAGCCAUGGAAGAAAAUACCGCAAAACAACGCCGUAAGAGGGCCAGCGUGGCUACCAAGAAGAAUGCCAAUGGCAUAGAUUCCAAACCAAGAAAGAAGAUGGCAAAGGAAAAGAUUCGACUCUACCUUACUGGGGAACUACCUGAACAGGCUGGCACACGGGAUCGAGAUUCUCCAAAAGAGUGA